AUGGCGUCAGCAAGUAGCGAUUCCGACUUUGAAGGUUUUACUAUUGAUGAUAUUGAAGAUAUCAACGAAAACAAAAGUAUUUUGACUUCGGAUGAAUCUGAUAUUGAUAUCAGUGAUUACUCGUCGGGCGAAGAAGAUUUCGAUAACGAAAACAACACUGAUCCACAACAUAAUUUACCUCCUGAUGCUCAACCACUGGACUAUCUAUUUUUAUUUUUGCCUGAAGGUUUUUUGUUUGAAAAUGUUGCGGAGGAAACGAACAAAUAUGCGCAACAUUUAAUUUCUGUUCGAAGAAGAAACGAUCCUCUAUGGCAGCCAUCUAAUACAGCGGAAAUGAGAGCAUUUUUCACAAUUAACAUUAUGUUUGGAGUUAAACAGCUUCAUCGACUGUGGAACUAUUGGAGUCCCGAUGUAAGGUAUGGCGACCCAUAUAUUUCGAGCAUCAUGUCGAAGACGAGGUAUUCGAAAAUAUCUCAGUAUUUGCAUUUAACUGAUUCUGCCAAUGCCCCCAACAAAAACGACCCAAACUACGAUUCCCUGUACAAAGUACGUCCCGUGAUAGAUUUACUUGUAAAUAAUUAUAAAACUGUUUAUUUACCUAGGAAAAAUCUCAGUGUAGAUGAAGCCAUGAUAGGCUAUAAGGACAGAGUACAUUUUCGGCAGUACAUGCCUGCCAAACCUACUAAAUUGAGGAUCAAGGUAAGGGAAGUUUGUGAAUCGGAGACGGGAUACUGUGUAAACUUCGAUGUUUACACAAAACUGGGUGUGAGAUCCACUUUACUUUCAUACAUAAAUAUAAACUUCAGUUCCAUUGAUCAAAAUCUGGAAUACUCAUUGUCAAAACCAAAACCAAAGUGA